GGUGGGGAAGGACACCUCAGGCCCUGUGAGAACUGGCUCAGCAGGUCUCAGCUGGUGCUUAUGUGGGCCUGGUAAGUGGGAACUAGCAGUUAGCUGACUCCUUUACCCCUGUCUCUCUGCCAAGGUAGCCUUCCCUGGAGUUUGCCUCCUGUUUCUCUCAAGGUCGGUCCCUUCAGAACUAAACCUUCCAUCUUGACCCUUAUCUAGAUCUCAUCAGAAUGCUUCUGUUUAUUUAGUUUAUUUCCUUUUUCCUGUUUCCUUUCUAGAACAACCCCAGUUCACAGCAGGAAAUGUUAACAAACCCCCGAAACGGUCAGGAGGGUACCCACCAGGAGGGCAGGGGCACUCUCGCUCAGCGGAAUUAUGAGCAAUAAAGGGGAAGUAACAAGUUGGUACCGUCACAGGUUUGGAUAAAAAUCAAGGUGCUUGGAUCUCUUGGCAUUGAUGGACAACUGGUGGACCAUUGAGCGACCUGAGGUUCAGCACAGCAAGCUUGUGCAGUGUCCUGUGUGACAAAAAAUGACAAGGUUAACAGUUGAUAAUUAUGUGACUAGCACCAGGGACACGGCACAGCUUAUCUUGGCCAAAAAAAGACGACGCUCUGCCUGGGCUUUUUUUGUUUGAAGUUUGUGGGUUUCUUUAAACUUUAGAGAAAGAGGAGUGUUUAAACUUUCAUACCAGGAAAAAACAAAUGACGAUUUCCCUAGUGGGGCUUUGUUACAGAAACAACACAGUCAGAGUGCUGACGGGUGGGGCACAGUGGCCCAUGCCUCCUAAAUCAGAGGCAGGGGAAUCUCUGUGUUUAUCAAGGCCAGCCUGGUCUAUAUAGUUCCAGGCUAGCCAGAUCUACACAAUGAGACUGUCUCAAAAAAAAGGGGGUGGGGGGAGGGACACUAUAUCUAUUUUGUAACACUAGGAAUCUUCACUCCCCUCUGGAGAUUUCCAGGCCUGGAGCUAUUUUUCUGGAAUUAGAGGAAAGGGGAAUCCCUUCACUCUCUAGUUCCCACAGAAGAGUGGCAGCCCUCUGCUCAGCCCCACCCCCUCUACCCUCAAGUGGCCCCAAAUCCUCUCUGAAAGGGUUCAGUUCAAGUAUCAGCACAGCAGCCUGGAAGACCUGGGAUAAGGCAGAGUAUGGAAGGCUUAGAUGAACUGUCCUGACUGCGGCAGGACCACAUCGCCCCACACAUAAAUUAGCUGGGGCGUAACUACCCUAGAUUGUCCCAUUUGAGGUUAGAUCAACCCCAGACAUGAACUAAGACUCCUCAGAGCUCUUGGAUUAGUCACAGCAUUGAAGAGAAGAUUUCACGGAGGGAGCUACACCUGGCAGGGAGUCUGGAGUUUCUGGUUUGGAAGCUCAGGGAGGCGGGAGGCAGGGGAGGGGCCUCCAGUUAGUGGGAGGGCUGGUGACUGGAGCUGAGCCCCAGUCAGCUGUGUGGCCCAGGCCUGUGGAAGCCCAGACCGUCCAGGACAAAGGAUAUCAACAGUCUCCUGAAUUCACGCAAGGGGACACUCCACUUGGGUCACCUCAACUGCUGCUCACUGCGUUUGUCAUUCUGAGGUCUCUGCUGAUCCUACACCCCAAAGAUGGAGGUACUGCUGGGAGUAAAAAUUGGCUGCCUGCUUGCCCUUCUGGUUCUCACCCUGGGCUGUGGCCUCACUCCCAUCUGCUUCAAAUGGUUCCAGAUGGAUGCAGCUACAGGUAUAGUGGAGUAUCCCUAUGGAGAGCUCGUCAUCUCCCUGGGCUUUUUCUUCGUCUUCCUUUUGGAGUCGCUGGCACUGCAGUACUGCCAUGGGGAUGCUGGAAGAUCCACCGUGCAGGAAGAGGAAUGGGGAGGGACCCAUGCCUUUGGAUUCCACAAGCACCCACCUGUGCCUUCACCCUCACGGGGUCCCCUGCGCGCCCUCAUCCUCCUGCUCUCUCUGUCCUUUCACUCCGUGUUUGAAGGUCUAGCUGUGGGUCUGCAGACAUCAGUGGCCGCUACUAUACAGCUCUGUGUUGCCGUUCUGGCUCAUAAGGGGCUCGUGGUGUUCAGUGUAGGCCUCCGGCUGCUGAAGAUGGGCACCGGGACACGGUGGGCCGCAUUCUGCAUACUGUCGUUAGCACUCAUGUCUCCUGUGGGCCUAGCCCUAGGGAUGACUGUAACUGGAGGGGCCUCAGGACCAGCGCAGGGAUUAGCCCAGGCUGUAUUAGAGGGAGUAGCAGCUGGCACAUUCCUGUAUGUCACCUUCCUAGAAAUUUUGCCCCGGGAGCUGGCCUGUCCUGAGGCCCCUCUGGCCAAGUAUGGCUGUGUGGCUGCUGGGUUUGCCUUCAUGGCUCUUAUUGCACUGUGGGCCUGAGAGAUUCCUCACUGCUCUGAUGGACCUAUCUAGGAUGGCUUCUCCUGAGGACACCCCUAAAUGACUUUGGUCCUCAGACCUUUUUUCAGUGAGACUAAGCAUUUACUAGGCACGGACUCUCCCAGAUUUUAUAUGUGUGAGACCCUGUUCUUGCUCAAGACUUAGAAAGGAUGUUUUGUCUGAGUGCCUAUUUAACUGGAACAUUGGUGUCAAGACCAUCACUCCGGGGUUGCUAUGAUAUGUAAUAAAAUGCCCAUUUUACCCUUUCCCCUUUAACCACGCUGUAAUUCACAUCUCUGAUAGGGGAAAAGGGAGUGUGGGUAGAACUGGGACCCGUAGUCACUUCAGUGGUUGCAGGCCAUUCCCCCCAGACAUAGAAGGAUUGCUAAAACUUCAACAGCCCUGUCCCCUUACCCAUGGGAGCUGAGAAUUAGAGCAGCAUUUAGAGGAGGAAGGGCGUCUAAACCAGAAACCAGGGGCUAGGUAUUUUUCCUUCUAACUACCUCACCCACUCUCAGUACCUGCCUGCCAUCCCCACCAAGUUCCUGUUUUCACACCGAGUCUUGUGUGGCCUCAGGGACACUCUUGCCAUUCUCUGAGCUUCUCUCUUUCUGGCUGCCAUAGGCUGAAGGAUUAAAAGCCAGUGUUUGCAGAGGGGGACCGGCGCCAGAUAAAUACCUAGGGUGAUUACUCUGCGCUGUAAGCACCUAGUGACUUUCCUUCUCCUGCCUGACCAGCUGCUACUAAGGACAGUGCCCAGAGCAGCCAAAGCCUGGAAUUGAGGAGGACAGGGUAACUGCUCCCUGCCCUCGCCUGGCACCUCACACUUGGUGAAGAGACGAGGAAGGAAAGAUGUGCCCGGAAGCUCACUGGCCCUCCCCAGUUUGCCCCUUCUUGUGAUUUUCAGUGCGAUAGCCCAAAUAGCCUUAACAUGAACAAACUCUCCUGAAUCCUUCUUGUCUAGUCUUUGUCUCCUUUCUGCCCUUAUUCCCCUCCUGAAAAAGUAAGACAUCUAAAUCCACAACCAGGGAUCCAUGAGAAAGCAAGAGGUAGGCAAAACCAGGAGAGGGGGAGGGUAGAGCUCUUCCCUGGAGCACUGUCCUGGUGUCCUCCCAGCAGUAGGUGCAGGGAGUGAGGUGCCCAGGAGAACCUGGUGUGUGCCCCAGUGCACUGGCCUCGGCAGGGAACACCUGCAGCGUGACAGGUGCUGUGCUAAGGUUUGUACACAGAUCACCUCACUGGCACAACUCCAGCAGCGACAUUAUCCCUCUAGUAACCCGGGAAAACUGGCAUUCAGAAAAACUAAAUAGUUGGAUCUCUUAGCCAGUGGGGCCUCAAAACUCACUUUCCUAUAACUGGAUGAAAAGCUCCAUAUAGUCUUUUCUUCCUUGUGGUUUUCCCCCCAAACAGCCAUGUUCACCCUGUACGUUAGAAUCCCAGAUCAGCUCAGAGAGUGUGCGGCAUAAUUGAGGAAGCUGAAUGGAAGGGUAUUCAGUAAGGUGUGUGUGGGCAGGGCUCAGACAAAGCAAGGAAUGUGCAAAGGACUGUACAAUACCCUGGAGCUCAGUAAUCAGCAUGCUGUUAGUAGAAACUGGAAAGGACCGGUCCAGACAGCUGUGUCUUUGAUCUACAGGGACCCAAGCCGGAAGGUGCUAAAAUAAAUUAUU